AUGAACCGGGCACUUGGUGAAGGAAAAGUUACUAAAUUGGUUAAAAAAUACGCCUACAUACAAGAUGAUCGUUUGGGCAAAGUGUAUUUCCCGUUGGAAGCAGCGCGGAUCACGAUAGAUUGUGUUGAUUUACGAGAGAAAUUUAAUGAAAACGAUAUUGUUAUAUUUACGGCGCAGAAGCAAGCCUCGACCACGAAUGAUUGUCAAUAUGCUGCCAGUUCGGUGAUAAAGAAAAAAGAUCUUAUACAUUGUUAUGGCAAAAUUACGGAGACUUUUGAUAAAUUUUGUUACGUUGAUGUGAAGAAAUUUGGGAAAGUAUUUGUCCCGUAUUCGGCGAGGACUGAGGCCGGGAAACCGUGGCUUGGAAGGGGCGCUGAGAAGGGGAAAACUUGUUCGAUACGUAUAUUUCGCCAACCAGAUAUAAACACUUGCAAAUAUGUGGCGUUCGGAUGGAAAAAUUUUGUAACACUUCAUUUUUCGAUUUCGCGUAUUACUACUGAUUCGACCCGGUUGCAAAUCGGUUGUAUUGUUCGUUAUGCGGAUGCGAAUGAUUGUCUUAUUUAUUCAGCGCAAACUGGGCUUGCUCGUUUGCCGGCAAACAUGGUUCGACCGUGGAUGUAUUUGGGUGGAUGGCUUAAAUAUGAUAUUUCGCGUGAUCCGAAUUCCUUAACAAAUGGCGACCCGUCUAAGUCACUAACGACCUGGAUUGUGCGUGAUCCGGUUGAUUUAGGAAUGUUAUUUGAAGUAGAAGAAGAUCAAAUGGACGGUUCUCGGCUACAACUAUCGUUGAAUUGUGUUGUCAAUCGAGUUUCCAUAUCGAAUCGGCAUGCCUGGCUUUGGAAUGAUUUUAUUGGUCGUAUCUAUGUGCCACCUGGUUGUUUUCGACAUAGCCUUCGUCCUAUGGAGUGUGCAAAGGCUCGUGUUGUUUAUACGGGAGCAUUUGAUGAUGUACCGUGGUCGGCUUUACAUUUGGAGGUAAUUGGACCGAAUGACGAGAUUCGACAAACGAAUGCGCAACUCCUAUUGACUGAUGAUAAUUGGAGUAUUACGCAUGUUCAAUCACAACAAGGAACUUUCUUUGGCUUUAUGGAGAAUCCGAAGUACGGAAGCGCUUUUAUCGCUUGGACCGAUUUGGCCGAGGGAGAAGCUGUGCCGGCAAAGGAGCAGCGUUGUCGUGCAACUGUCUUCAAGCAGCAUCGCGAAAAGAAACAUCAGUGGAGAGCCGUACUGGUCGCUCCUCUAGAAGACAAAGCGGCCUCGUAUCCUCUACACGUGCAUUCGGGCGUUCUGCAGAUUCCUCGUCCAUUCCGUGCUCCACAACAACCCAACACUCCAUCACCGCCGCCACCACCCGUGCAACAACAGCCGAUUGGAACGAGGACAAGUCAAGAUCGAUCGAUGGCCUCUUUAUUGAGAAUGAGUUCACCACCCGGCGUGAUGGGAUUGCCGAUGGAGCUGGGAUUGCUGGUGAAACCGCAGAGUAACAGCACGUCGCCUAUCACAGCUGCAAAAAUUAUCAAUGGUCACCGUGCGCAGCGUCUUCCCUCGUUGCAACAAAUCUGCCCGGGUAGCAUGACUGGGGUCACGAAUUCGGGUGUCUCUUCAUCAGCCUCACUUCCAUCAUCGUCGGUUCCCACUCCAUCAAUCACUUCACCAUCACAGCAUUUGUCAUCGGAAGACGGCUCGGACACGUUCAGCGAGAAUCACGAGAUCGACAUCUUGGCUGCACAGUUUGGCGAAAGUGCCUUCCGUUUGCGGGACGAGUUCUCUCACUGGUUGCCUCCAUCGUCGGUGAAUCCUCCAUCAUUCAUGCCGCUUUCCUUCGCGCCGACCUCCAGUGCCACCUCGCCGGCUGCUGCUCCGGUACCGAAAGUUGACGUCGGCACACAAACCGACAUGAUUUGUGAACAACGCGUUCUCCGCGACAUCAUGCAGAAUCGGGAGUUGCUGAUGAAAGUUUUUGAGGCUUUUCCCACUCAUAUGGACGUGAUUCUCAACAUGAAAUGGCAAACGACCACCUCG